CUGGUCAUGUACCGCGGUCGGCCCCCGCCGAGGGGAGGCUACCCGCCGCCGUUCGAAAGCCGAGGACCGCGGCCUCCGAGGCCUUACCCGGGGCCGGACUAUCGAGACGACCGGAACCGGCCCAGACCUCCGUACCACCACGAGCACGGUCACUCCGACUCCUACCGCCGCUCCCCGCCGCGCAGGAGGUAUCCUUCCCCCGGGUCCGGCGGCCCGCGGGGCGGCGAGUACUGGAGCGGGGCCCCGCAGAGAGAGACGUCCGCGUCGCCACGCGGGACGAUUCCCCUCGACCACAACCUGGUCAUCACCGUCGGCAAUGAGUUGACAUCAGCGCCUGGCGCCGCCCCCUCAAGCCAUCACGACAGAGACUUUCCUGCUCGACCCGAGAACGAGCGGAGCCGGGGACGAAGUCCGGACCGGGCUCGGGCCAAGAGCCGGGGACGGAGCAAGAGUCGACCCCGCAGCCAGAGCCGGAGUCCGGACCGGGGCCGGGACAAGAGCCGGGGCCGGAGCAAGAGUCGGCCCCAGAACCAGAGCCGAAGUCCGGAACAGACUCGGGCCAAGAGCCGGGGCCGGAGCAAGAGUCGACCCCGCAGCCAGAGCCGGAGUCCGGAUGGGGGCCGGGCCAAGAGCCGGUGCCGGAGCAAGAGUCGGCCCGUCAGCAGGUCCAGGUCCAGAUCCAGAGGGAGGAGCUUCAGUAAAGCAGCUCGCAGUAAGAGUCGCCAGCGCAGCCACAGCAGCAGCUCGAGCUGCAGCAGCCGCAGAGGAGACCACCAAUACAAGAAAGGAUUCAAAGAGCUGGAGACGGCUCGACGCAGGAAGGAGCUGGAGGACAUGUUGAGUCUGCCCACGAAAUCCAUCCUGAAGAAACGCCACGACUCAGGGGACUCACCCUCGCUCCAGACUGUCGAUUCCCCUCGAGGCCACGACAGCUCCAACAUGUCUCACAUGGCCAACCAGCUGCUGCAGGCGGUCCGAGGCCUGGAGCCUCACAUGGUGGCAUCGGUGCUGUCGGAGCUCCGGUCCGACCCGCAGAUGGCUCAGCGCGCCGGCCUGGAUGCAGAGAUCAAAGAGAUCCUGAACCUGCUGGGGGCCGCGGGGCCCGGGGCCAAGACGCCAGCGAGGACUGCGGACGACAUUGACGACGAGGAGAAGUUCCUGUACGGAGACUCCGAGGAGCCCAAACCUCCGCCGGCAUCUGAGCCAGUCCGACCACACGGACUGGACCUGUACGGCGACGUGACGGAUGAGACACUGUACGGAGACUACCCCCCAACAAAGGCCCCCGUGGGUCAGACCUACAGCCUCCCCCCGGGGGGCGAAGGGGACGCCAAGUACACGAGCCUGCCGUCGGUCAAACCCGACCAGAACAUCACAGUCCAGGUGUCUAACCCCGCCCACCCCUCGGGUGCGGAGGCGCUGGAAGAGUAUGAGAAGCUCCAGGACCUGCUGAAGACCAUCGGGUUGGACCUGGGCGUCGUCGAGAUGACCAAGAUGGCCGCCAGGACCAAGGAGCGUCUCCAUGGAAGCAAUCCUCCGAAGACGCCCACUCGCCGCAGACGAUACUCGUCUGGCAGCUCAGAUGCCGGCCAAGGUCGUCAAAGGCGGAGCCAUAGCUCCAGCAGCAGCAGCAGCAGCCGGAGCUGCGGUAGCUGGAGCAGUGAGGACAGAACCCGCAGGAACCCGGGUCAGAACCGGACCCUCAGAGACACCAAUGAGACCAAGGUGGAGAUGAUCGCCACCGUGCCGCCGCCGCUGCAUAACGAGCCGCUGCCACAGAUCCAAGACCCCCAGAGCCUUGUUCCGCACCCCGGGGUGCCCAUCCCCACCUACCCCCCGCCACAGGUCCAUGGCAUGAUGCCCCCCAACUUCCCCCCCCCCGGUUACGGCCAGUAUGGGAACUACCUGCCCUACAUGCACCAGCAGUGGCCGCCCAUGUACCCGCCCCCCAGCAUGUCCCUGCCCCCCCAGACUGCCCCGGACGAAUUCGGUGUGAAGCUGCCACCUCCGGACGCAGAGAAGAUCAACGACCGGAGAGUGUCUGAGGAGCAGAACAACGAGAGCCAGAAACAGAAGGUUCUGGAGGAGCGGGAGAAUCUCAAGCAGGAGCGAGACGUGAGGAUGAAGAAGAAGGAGUUUCUGAUGAAGGAGCUGGAGCGACUGAGGAAGCAACAAGGCGAGCUCCUGAGGAAGAAGCGUCGGGAGAAGGAAGGUCACAAAGAUCCUCUGCUCCAGGAGAUCAGCCGCUUGCAGGAGGACGUGAUGACUCAGAUCUCGAACCUCCGGCGGGAACACGAGGCGGCCGAGAGGAAACGCAACGAGAUCGACAAGGUGGCGCUGAUCCUCGGCGUCAGCUCAGCUGACCGGCCGCGACGCGCCGCCAGGACCGCAGAGGAGCCGCGGCCCGAGAAAAAGAAAUUGGAGACGAGUCCCGAGGGACGACGGACGUCAAAGCAGACGUUGGCGGCGCCAUCACUGUCGAGAGCUUCUCCUGACGAGCCGCCGGCCGGCGCCCAUCCUGAGGCCCCGCCCCCGGAGCCGUUUGAAUAUUACGACGCUGGAAACCACUGGUGCAAAAACUGUAACGUCACCUCGGGUUCCAUGUUUGAUUUUUUCACGCACCUGCACAGCAAGACGCAUCGAAAGACUUUGGACCCGUACGAGCGGCCCUGGGCCUCCGCUCCCGCCAAGAUCGUCAAGAACAUUCCGCCGGAUGAGAAACUGACCAAACCUGCCAAAGGUUCUGAGUUCCUGCUGCCUGUGAGAGGAUUCUUCUGUCUGCUGUGUCGACAGUUUUACGGAGACGCCAUCUGUGCCGAGGAGCACGUCACUGCACACGCUCACAAUGAGAAGUACAAGAAACAAAUGUAUGAGAACCCGCUGUACGAGCAGAGGAGGAACCUGGACCGGCAGGCGGGACUCGCACUGGACACCAGCGGCAAGAAACGCAAACACGAGGACGAUGAGAAAGGCGUCAAAGACAAGGAGGAAAAGCCCAAACACAAGAAGGAGAAGAAGGAGAAGAAGAAAGAAGGUGAUGAUGCUUCUCAGGAAGAGAAACCCAAAGUGAAAAAGGAGGAGGAGGAGGAGAAGCCCAAACGCAGCAAGACAGGAGAGGAUUGUAAAAUCACAAAGAGCCUGGAGGAGGAGCGGCCAUCUUACAGCAAGAAAGACGAGGGGGACAAUUAUAAGUUCAGCAAAAAAGAUGAUAAACACCGCUACAGCAAAGAGGAGGAGGAGAGGGGUGAGCGGUAUAAACACAGAGAGGAGCAUCGGUACCGGUACCGCCGGGACGAUGACGACCGGUACGCUGACCGACCCAAAUACGGCCCGAGAGAUACUGAGGACAAGUACAAGUUCAAUAAAUAUUCAGAUUCCAGAUCCAAAUAUGACCGAGAGCGAGACGGAGGAAAACCCAAGGCUGAGAAGGAGAAUUAUAAAAAGCCUGAGCUGGGAAAACCAGCAGGGAAACCUGAGCUCACCAAACCUGAACCGCCGCCGAAGCCCUAUGACCCGCCCAAGAUCUACUGUGGGCCCAGUCCGGCAAUGAGGGCCAAGCUCCGCAAACAAAGCCUGGAAGCCGGCAAGCCGGCACCCAUGGCCCCGGCCACGACAUUUGGGAAAUUCAUGUGGAAGAAGAAGGAGAACACGCUGACGAAGGUGGCUGAGAAAAUCGCCGCCGAGUUCAUCAAGGACGAUGAAGCGUCUGCGAGUCAGCAGCCAGCGUCCGUCGAGGAUUCUUUUGCAAAGUCGAUGGCUGUUGCGAAGGAAAUUGCAGAGAAGCUGGGGGGGAACCAGCAAAUGGAUCCUCCCUGGGCGUCCAAUGGCGCCAACCGUGGAAGGAUCCGGCCUAACCUCCCGGCGCCUGCUGCCAUCCUGAGGAAGACAACCACGAUGGGUAAACCUGCGCCUCUGAACACCUUCCUGUCCAUCAGGCCUCCGACUAAAGACUUUGACUCUGACGGUCUCACCAAGGCUCUUACUCCUCAGAACGCACUGCUGGAAGGUUCAACUGCACAUAGACCACAAGCAUCUGAGGCUAAACCUCCACUGCCAGUGUCUAGACCUGCACCACAUGAGGUUAGACCUACGCCACCUGGGGUCAAACCGGAGCCCCCUGAGGUUACACCUCCGCCACCUGGGGUUAGACCUGCGCCACCUGGGGUUAGACCUGCGCCACCUGGGGUUAAACUUGCGCCACCUGGGGUUGAACCUGCGCCACCAGUUUCUGCACCUGUCUCAUCACCGUCUGAGGCGAAGCCGGCAGUGAAACCUCUGUCCUCUGGGGUUGCUCCUCCUCCAUCCAGGGCCAAACCUGCACAACCCACGAUGGUGAAGAUCGUGUCUGACGUCGCGGCCCCUGGCGUCCCAGAGAGUGAGCAGACUCGUACCGUGUUCGUCAAGCCUCCACCUUUCAUGAACAUGAGCGACAGAGUUCAGAAGUCUGAGAAACUUAAGAGUAAUCUGGCCACGGCCAAAGCCCAGGAAUUAUUGGGCAUCUUCUACAGCGGGAUCAACCAAUCGGGUUCUUCGUCCAUCACCAAACCAGACUCCAGAGCUGACAAGAGUACCACCAAUAAAAGUCCAGCCCUUCAAAAACCAAAACAACUACCUCCAGUCCAAACCCAAACCCAGUCCCAACCUCCAACUGAUGUCCAAACUGCUCCAGAACCAGACCCCAGAGCUGAUGAGAGUACCACCAAUAGAAGUCCACUUCCAGCCCCACAAGAACCAAAACCACCACCUCAGCCUCCAGCCCAAACCCAAACCCAGUCCAAACCUCCAACCCAGGUCCAAACAGCUCCAGAACCAGACCCCAGAGCUGACGAGAAUACCACCAAUAGAAGUCCACUUCCAGCCCCACAAGAACCACCACCUCAGCCUCCAGCCCAAACCCAGUCUCAUCCUCCAACCAAUGUCCAAACAGCUCCACAACCAGACUUGACCAGUUCCCCACCAAGUCCACAAUCCCAGCCAACAUCAGACAUUCAGAUUGCUUCAGUUUGGUCCUUAAACUGUGAACCAGCUCCAACAUUUUCACUUACGACUCAACCAGAACCGCUUCCAUCAGCUCAGUGUUUCCCCCAAAACAUCCCCCCGCAAACUGAAACGGCUGAGCCAGAACCAAUUUCUGAAGAUCUGUCUCAUCCAGGCACCUAUUCUGAUAAAACUCCAGAACCUGAAAUCAAACCAAGCCACAAAAUCAGAGGCAAGAAAACCCCCCCUGCCCCCCGCCCCGCCCGGCAAACUCGAUCCCAAACCAGAUACCAGACCAGGCGGCAGCAGCGUCUGUCUGAGCCAGAACCUGAGCCGGCUUCAGGGGACUCUGAAUCAGCAGCUUUAGACCUGAAGGGGCUGGACACAUCGGACCCUGGUUCUGGGUCCCUGUCAGAGGAGGGGGCACCCAGCGAAGGAGACCCCCAGGUGAUGGAGCUCACCCCUGAGACCCUGGGCCUCCCCUCCGACAUGACCUCCCUGGACUUUGAGUACGAUUUUAACUUUGAGUAGAGUCGACUGGACCCUGGCGGAGGUUCAGAGGAUCAUGACCCACUGGACAGUUACGACUCUGAGACCACCGACCGCCACGAGGUCCAGAUCACAAACUGAGUGAAGAAUCAGCUGCUGCUCUUAGUUCAUCUCUUCAGAAUCGAUCAACACUUGAUUGAUGAUAAUAUGAUUAAUUAUAUCACAUUUUAUAUUCAAGCUCAGAAAAACAACUAAAUGUAUCAUCACAGAAUCUGAUAUUUUUCAUAAGUUGUUCUGUGAAAUCAGUUAAAAAUGUUGAAAUGUUAAAAAGAACCAGAUUAAACAUUCCUGGUUCCGCCCCCUUUGUUCCAUCCUUCACCAGGUUCACUGUGAAUCUGUACAGGAAGUGAAUCUGACUGUCUCCGACAGUUGACAGAUGAUGAUGAAAACAUAAUAAUCUGAGUUUUGUUACUUUACGACAAAAACUGAUUCUGUUGUUCAGGUUAAUUUGACUCGUCUGACAAACAAUAGUCAAUCUAUGAUUUGUCGACACAAACACUCGGAGCAGCAGCUGCUGCUUCACUUUUUUCAUGGUGGAGCUUUGUGGCCAAAACUGUGUGGACACCUGCUGCCUGUCAGCUUUGGGCGUGUCCAGGCUGAGGUCGUAGGUCAUCGGUCUGGACCUGAUGAUGUCAUGACACGAUGCUCAAUCCAUUAAACUACGUUUAUUUUCAGACGUUCCUCUGAUCUUUGCUCCUUUGUUGUUGAUUACUAGUGAUUUAAUACUGACAUUGUUGUUGAGUGGGUCCAUAAACAUAUGGACCCUGAAGCCCGAGGGUUCUGGUUCUGAGAGCGUUCUGGUUCUGAACAACCUGCUGUCCACAUACUUUUGGUCAUGUGGUGUCGAUCUGCAGACGUCAGCUGUUCUUCACUUGUCUGACUCUUGAGAAGAGUUUUAUGAAUGUGGGACUGUUCCUUUAAAGAAGCCAGCGCUGUCACGUCUCCUCGGUAAAUGUCCUCUAGCUCCUCCCCCUGUUGUACGCUCACGGAGCCGGUGGCGUGGACCAAUGAGAGCGGCCGCAGCGGUGACAUGUUCUCAGUGUGUUAGAAUAGAAACUGUCGAACCUGUUGUUUUAUUAAAAGUUAGUGAAACAGGCAGAA